AUGGCGAAGAGGGUGGCGGCCCCCGCCAGGCCCCUCGGGGACGAUUUCUCCUUCGUGAGCCCGGUGGCCAAGUACGUGCUCUUCUUCUUCAAUCUGCUCUUCUGGGUGAUAGCCAUGGUGAUGGUGGCCGUGGGGGUUUAUGCCCGGCUGCUGAAGCAUGCAGAAGCGGCCGUGGCAUGCCUGGCGGUGGACCCUGCCAUCCUCCUCAUCAUGGUGGGCAUCCUCACCUUCCUCAUCACAUUCUGCGGCUGUGUCGGCUCCUUGCGGGAGAACAUCUGCCUGCUGCAGGUGUUCUCUGUCUGCUUGACCAUCAUCUUCCUCCUGCAGCUGGCGGCCGGCGUGCUGGGCUUUGUCUUCUCUGAUGAGGCACGCGGGAAAGUCAGCGAGAUCAUCAACGGGGCCAUCGUGCAUUACCGGGAUGACCUGGACCUGCAGAACCUCAUUGAUUUUGGGCAGAAGGAGUUCAGCUGCUGUGGGGGUGUCUCCUACAAGGACUGGUCCCAGAACAUGUACUUCAACUGCACGGCCACCAACCCCAGCCGCGAGCGCUGCUCCGUGCCCUUCUCCUGCUGCCUGCACGACCCUGACCAGGCUGUCAUCAACACCAUGUGUGGCCAUGGGAUGCAGGCCAGGGGCUACCUGGAGGCCAGUGCUUUCAUCCACACCAACGGCUGCAUCGACAAGCUGGUCAACUGGACCCACAGCAACCUCUUCCUGCUGGGGUGCAUCACCCUGGGGCUGGCCCUGCCCCAGCUGGUGGGCAUCGUCCUGGCUCAGCUGCUCAUCAACCAGAUCCGCGAUCAGAUCAAGCUGCAGCUGUACAACCAGCAGCACCGGGCAGACCCCUGGUACUGA